CCUUGGUUGGUCCUGUUUUGGCGGGGCAGGUUCCGGGUAGGUUCUGGACAGGCAGCGCCGUGGGCGCCCAGAUUCCCGACAGGCUCCACGCCGGGGGCCUUCUCGGCUCCUUUGCUGUUGCCGCCGCCGCCGCCGCUGCUGCCGUGGUUGUCGAGGGUCGGCGAGUGGAGGAGCUGUCGCAGACCCUGUGGAGUCCGUGUCGGUCGCUGUUUUGGCCUGAGGAGUCUUCCUACCUGAGUCGCACCUGGACUCCCGUGGUGUCGAGGGGGAGUCCCUGCGGACACCUCUGCACGCAGUGGAGAUGCCUCUCUUUGCCACCAAUCCCUUCGAUCAGGAUGUUGAGAAAGCAACCAGUGAGAUGAAUACUGCUGAGGAUUGGGGCCUCAUUUUGGAUAUUUGUGAUAAAGUCGGUCAGUCUCGCACUGGACCUAAAGAUUGUCUUCGGUCAGUUAUGAGGAGGGUGAACCAUAAAGAUCCUCAUGUUGCUAUGCAAGCUCUGACUCUUCUAGGAGCAUGCGUAUCAAACUGUGGCAAAAUUUUUCACUUAGAAGUAUGUUCGAGAGAUUUUGCUAGUGAAGUAAGCAACGUCUUAAACAAGGGUCAUCCUAAAGUAUGUGAAAAAUUAAAGGCUCUCAUGGUUGAAUGGACCGAUGAAUUUAAGAAUGAUCCACAGCUUAGUCUAAUAUCAGCAAUGAUUAAAAACCUUAAGGAACAAGGAGUUACGUUCCCAGCUAUUGGCUCCCAGGCUGCAGAACAAGCAAAAGCAAGUCCAGCUCUGGUGGCCAAGGAUCCUGGUGCCGCGGCUAACAAAAAAGAAGAAGAAGAUUUAGCAAAAGCCAUUGAGUUGUCCCUGAAAGAACAAAGGCAGCAGUCGACCACCCUUUCUACUUUGUAUCCAAGCACAUCCAACCUCUUAACUAACCACCAACAUGAGGGCCGAAAAGUUCGUGCUAUAUAUGACUUUGAAGCUGCUGAAGAUAAUGAACUUACUUUUAAAGCUGGAGAAAUUAUUACCGUUCUUGAUGACAGUGACCCCAACUGGUGGAAAGGUGAAACCCAUCAAGGCAUGGGGUUAUUUCCCUCUAAUUUUGUGACUGCAGAUCUCACUGCUGAACCGGAAAUGAUUAAAACAGAGAAGAAGACGGUACAAUUUAGUGAUGAUGUUCAGAUAGAAACAAUAGAACCAGAGCCGGAACAAGCCUACAUUGAUGAAGAUAAAAUGGAUCAGUUGCUACAGAUGUUGCAAAGUACAGAUCCCAGUGAUGAUCAACCAGAUCUUCCAGAGUUACUUCAUCUUGAAGCGCUGUGUCACCAGAUGGGACCUCUCAUUGAUGAGAAGCUGGAGGAUAUUGAUCGGAAGCAUUCAGAACUCUCAGAACUUAAUGUGAAAGUGAUGGAGGCACUUUCCUUGUAUACCAAGUUAAUGAAUGAAGACCCGAUGUAUUCCAUGUACGCAAAAUUACAGAAUCAGCAGUAUUAUAUUCAGUCAUCUGGUGUUUCUGGUUCUCAGGUGUACGCAGGCGCCCCGCCGCACAGCGCCGCCUACCUGGUCGCGGGGGCCGCGCAGCUGAGCCACCUGCAGAGCUACGGCCUCCCCCCGGAGCAGCUGCCCUCUCUCAGCCAAGGAGCCGUGCCGGCCAGCGCCGCCCCGCCCAGCCAGCCGACCCAGGCUUCUUACCCCAACGCCAUGGUCAGUUCCGUUCAAGGAGGUACCUAUCCCAGCCAGACUGCAGUGUAUAGUCCUCCUCCUGCUGCUGCGGCUGCUGCCACCGAUGUCACUCUGUACCAGAAUGCGGGAACUAACAUAUCCCAGGUGCCAAACUAUAAUUUAACAUCCGUGCUGUCUCAGCCAGGAGGCAGUCAACAGCCACCCCCGCCACAGCAACCGUAUUCUCAGAAGGCUCUGCUGUAGGACUUGGGAUUCCUCUUUGUGGCAAACACCUGCUAAAUGUCGAUGACAAUACUAUGAGAUCCUUUAAAAUCCUAAGAUUUGUUUAUCCUCAGCUUAUAAGAGUCGAAUCUUGGUCAGCAAGUUCCAAUAUUCCAGAAGGUAGAACUCUCUUCGAUGUGCACUGAUGUUUUAGAGGGUCUCCCCCCUCCCCCUCCCCUUCCCCCAGAGGAAUGAAACUACUUACAACAUUUAAUUCCUUUCAUGAUAUGAAAGAAUUGAUGCAGGAUUAUUUGUCUCGUGAAAUUACCUGGUCUGCAAAAAGUCGAACCUACAAACACUGUUGUGGCAAAUGUUAUGUACAUAUAUAUUGCUGUGUAACUUCACUAGUGGCCAUUUUGACUCACAGUGGUGAUCAUGUGAAUAUAUUUAACUGUUAAGUUAAUUUACAUUGCUAUUUUAUUUUAAUCAUGAACAACUACCAUGUUUCAUGAUGUUUUGUGUAAAUCUGAGGUAAUUACACUAUCCUUUUAAACUGCAAGAGGACAAAGCUGUAGCAUAUUGACAUGCAGCCGUCAUAUUAUUCCUGUUUCAGUUUCCCAUUAAACUGAACACUUCCUGUGUAUCAUGUCGUCCUGUAGCCUCUGCAUACGACUAGCUGUCAUCACACCAGUGUACAGUAGCUAAAUUUUUGGUGCCAUUAUAGCAAGUGAUUAUAUUAUUCCCUUUUAAACGUCUACAUUUAGGCAUGAUGUUUCAGAAUAUCAUGGGACCAUGAGACAAAAGUAAGUGGGACCACAUGCUUUUUAUCUUACUUUUAAAGAAAUAAUGUUGAUUUACUUUUUCCUAGUUGAAGGUAGUAAUUGGGUUUCUAAGCUGUAUACUGUGUUUAUUGGUGGCAGUGACACCAAAGAUAGAGGCAAUGGAUAGAAGUUUUUCAACUGGAAAGAAAACGUGAAUUACACUACAUUUUCACUGUCUUGUAAUUAUUUAGGAUAUAAACAAAGUUUGACUUAUCUGUCUUAGUCUUUUGAAUAUGUCUUUAACACAUUGUAUCUUUUAAUUCUUCAUUAAAAUGGAUGUACGUAGAUGUUUCAAAGUAAUCUAUAUUCCUGGCUUUGCUUAACAGUUUGUAUAUUUAUUCUUAUCUUUCCAACUGGAUUUUUGGGCUGCUGUCUUUCUCUUUUAAAGUUCUAAAUAGAAUUAUUUUGACUUCUUAUUCAGUAUUUUUGAAUGGAUGCUUUUCUUUUAAUCCAUGUGAAAUGUGUUUCCUACUGACAUUUUAAUCUUCUUAAAUAUUUAUAAUUUCCCUAGUUGUGCUAUACUAUUACUUAACACCGUUAUUUAAACAACUGAAAAACUGAGAUGAGCAUCAUAUUAGAUGGAUUGAUUUAUUAACAGAUUUCACAUCAUAAAUGAAGGUUUAAUUUGUAUUUUCUGAGACUGUUGUGAUCAGGUAGUUUCUUUCCUUUUUGGCAAAUGAUUCCAUGUUUGGCAAGGUAGGUUCAAUUUAAAGCACCAUCUUCAACUUAUAUGUCUCAUCCUAGUGUUGUGUUUUCCUGAGUUUAGGGUAUGUUGCCCUCAAAUAGUAAUUUUAAAAUUUGAAUUCAAACCUUACAUUAAAAUUUUUUUAAUAUGUUGUUUUUGAUAAACAUUGUCAAACGAUUGUAGUCUUUUCCAUUCCAGUUUGAAUAUUCUAGUUUGAGUGAUACACUUUUUCUCAAGUUAUGUUGUGUUUUUCUCUAUCUUUUGAUAAAUUUGUAAAUUUGCCCAAUGGCAGAUGUAUCAUUUUCCCAUUUUAUUGUGAUACACUUCAUGCUCUAAGAUCAAUGACAUAUUCUCUAGGAUGUGUUCUGCCCUGUAGAAGUCGAAGAAUGAUGAAGUCAAAAAAGGCUGCCCAUAUUACAGUGCAUAUGCAGUUUUCUUAAUCUAUUCACACUACUAGGCUUUUAUAAAGAUUCAAAUGAUGAAUACCUAAAACUGAUGCUAUAUUAGUAUGCAGUUUUCACUUAGUAGGUAUAAAAAUACCAGAUGGAAAAAUUCCACUGAAAAGGAACCAGUGGGUUUUCCGUCCUUCAGAUGACAUGGCAAGGUCAGAAAUGGGAAAAGGACCAGUUAAGAGCACAGUGGUUUUGUUCUGCAACCAGUGUCUGUGUUGUGCUUUCAUAAAAUCUGUCUUUAAAAGAUAGCUGUCCCUCUUCAAAGGGAACAGAAUUAUUUAUUAAAUUAACUUAAGUAGAAGAUGAUUUAAAGCAAAUUUUGCUUUUCAGUUUUUUUCCUUUAUAAUUUUUGUACAUACAUAAACCAGUGACAUCUAAAUGGAAGAAUUCAGCCCAAUUACUGUCUAGCAUAAAUAGCCAACAAACCUCAUAGUCAGUUGGAUAAUAUAUCAGUUCCCUAAACUUACCUACUGAGGUAGUAUGUAGUAUGUCCUUACUGUAAUGGUACAGGCUUUUCUAACCGGGGUCCUCCUUCACUGUUACCUUUCUCUCCUUCUCACUGAGGAACACUUUUUAUGUGCUCAAGAGAUUCCCUUCUCUAUAUUAAAAAUUACUAGAACUUUUGUUUCUAUAACUCUUAAUUUUUAAUUUAAAAUGCUUAGUAGACCACUAACAUUUUUUGAUACAGUUUUAAUAUAUGACAUAUGUAUAAUUCAUCAUAAAAAUAUCUCUAGUUCCAAGCUUCAAGUUUAUAAAAGAUAAAUUAGUGUCCUGUAUGGUAAACUAUGCAACCUCAAAAGCUAAGUAUUUUCUAAAUGAAAUCCGUUGGUAUAGUUGGUCAAAUUUUCAUUUCUUUAAUACAGUAAACUCACUGUUUUCUUUUUCUCAUCUUACCAACUGUACUAGUAAUUAUAGUUUCCUGCUAUAUCACUCUUUAAAUAUUUAAUAACAAAGUUAUGGUUUACAUUUUUCACUCAUGUCAUUUUCUAUUUUUAAAAAUUAUUUUCAUUGUUGAUAAGUGCUUAGAAUAAAUAUAUAGAAGGAACUUACCUAAAUGUUUUCUCAAAGACCUUAUGUUUAGUUAUCUUUUAGAAUCAUGGUUCAAUUAAGUGUUCUGGUCAAAUGUCCGCGUUAUUUUCUGAGCUACUGAUAAUGACAUGCCCCCCUGGUUUUUGAGCAAAGCCACCUUGAGUUUUUAUGCAUUCUUUUUUAGUAUGGUCUUCUUUUGAAAUUGUACUGCUUAGUGAUUCUUCUCCCUCAAGUUUUCCUACCUUAGCAAUUUUUCCCUCAUAAUAUUCUACAGCAUUUUAAAUCUACAUAUUUAAAAUACUAGAUUUUCUUGUUGAACAAAAUGUAACAUUUUGUUGGAGAUAACUUGUGGUCAUGCUGUACUUUGUUGAUUGUUUCACACUCUAGCUUCAUGUUUUUACUUCUCACUACUGUUAUUGUCUGUCUGCUGCUGCUUUUAGACUCAGUUUCUUACAAGGAUUGCAUAUUAAAUUACUGAGUGUCAGCAGGCCUCUGUAUAAAAGCGAGAGACUGGUUCUCAAGACCUUUUGGUGUUCAGAGACUUAAAAAAAAAGUUAUGUCUAUUUUAGAAAAGAAUAUAUUCAGAUUUUUUGAUCAGGUACCCUCAUCAGUAGCAAAUAUUUUUGAGUUUAUAGCCUCAAAAAUAUGUAUGUCUAUGUAUCUACAAAUUGUACAAGUUCUGUAAUAAUACACUAUAUUAUUAUAGUAUGUUAUAUACUAUAUUACUGUAGUAAUAUAGUACCUUAUGAAACACACCAAAAGUAGAAAUCUUUAUUAAAAGGGUAAGAGAAAAAAUUAUUAAUAGAAAUUCUAAUAUUUUCUUCCCAGAUCUCUCGGUCUUUUAGUCAAUGCCCUAGAAUGUGUAUACCCGAUUUGGAGACCACUGCCUAGAGGUUAAGAUUAAACAGAGAGAGCAGGAUGUUGCUAAGUUGGCCCUUUGUGGUCAGUGUCUGAUACUACAAGUGGUGCUUUUCCUAGCAACUUUCUAUGUUGAAUUUUCAGACUUACAGGAAAGACUGAAAUAAUAUAUUGAACACCUGAGUAUUCUUCAUAUAGAUUCACUAAUCAUUAACAUUUUGUUGCAUUUGCUUUAUCUCUUUAUGUAUGUUUAUACGUGUGUCUGUAUCCAUGUUUGUGUAUAGGUGUGUUUUUAUGGGUAUAUACACAUAGACUUUAUUGUAUGAAUAGACAAAGCAAUAGACUUUUAACUAAACUAUACACCUAAUCAUUUUGUCAUGUAUUUUGUAGGGAUAAGUACAUUCUCCUGCACAACCUAAAGCUUUGUCACAUAAUUCUGUAAUAUUAUUGUUACCAAACACCCCCAGACUGUCAGUUGAAGGCAUAGUUUUUUAAAAAUCCAGGAACAUACACCACAGUUUUUAUGUUCCUUUAUUCUCUAUUAAUCCAGAUUAAUCUCUUCUUUUUUCCUCCAUGAUACUGCCUUUUUACAGAUCAACACCAGUUGUCUCAUAGCAUUUCCCACAUUCAGUCAGAACUAUACGACUUAUGGUUAAAAGUAAUGAAUCUAAAUUUUUCAAGCUCAUAUCAGAAAAUUGUAUGUAUAAAUGAAUGUUGUUAGCCUUAAACUGUGGUUAUUCUGUAUAAGAGACUAUAUGCUCAGGCCAUUGAUGCUACCAUAGCUCAGUACAGCUUUGUGUUCUUCAUUUCAAAUUGCAUUUACAGUCACUGAAGAAAGUUUGUGCCCUUGAUAAAAAUAAUUAGCUCCCCCUUUCCCUCAUUCAAACCAAAAUCAACUUCUCUCAAGCUUGUUCAUCUACCUGAUUCAUUCUGGAUGGCUUUUAGGUAUUAUAGAAAUGUAGCAAAAAAUCAUAGGACUUUGUUUUGGGAGGUGUACAUCUUGGCAUGUUUGUUUUAAAAGACUUCUCAUUAUAAACUCAUAAAAGACUUCUCUUAUAGUCAUAUCUUCUUUUAAGAUAUUGAAAUCACUCAUGAGGAAGGGAAGUCCUUUCUUUUUAAAAGUUCUAGUUUUUACUUACUUUCCUGAAAUUGGUUAUCAAAUUGGAAUCGGGCUGAUUAAAAAUUAAUAAUCAGUCAAGUUAGAAACACAUGCAAGUUACAAUAAUGUACACCAUCAGGUUGUUAAGUAGCUGGCUUAAUCCCUUACAUUAUUUCAGUUGGUUGGUGGCUUUUUAAAAAACAGAAUAAAUGUUUGUAAUCUAUUGUUUCUGUGGCAAGAUAUACGAAGUUUCUUAAGUGGAGGAUAAUUACGUAUCUUGUUACUUUAAAAAGAGAGAAAAUAUAUAAACAAUUGAGAAUGUUUUUGGUUAAUUAUAUGUAAUAUUAUCUGUUAGGCAUUUAGGAUACCAAAUAUGAAACAUCCAUAUGGUGUAAUUAUUUUCCUCAGAGUUAAAAAUACAGAAAAAAACAGCUAUAUGCUGGUUUUGGAAUUUGUUUUUUUCUUCAGAGGAAAAAAAAAGUUUCGAUGUGUAUCUUUGAUAUUCCAUAAUGUGAAAAUAUAGUGAUAACACUCAAGGAGUUGUGAAACAUGACUAAAGAAGUUGUAAUGAAGAAUAGAGGUAAAUUCACUUAAUAUUUACUAAAGAGGCUUUAUUAUAAGAAGUCCAUUUCUAUAAAUGGUGGCUGGCACAGGAUGAAACAAAUGGUUUUAGUCUUUGCAUUGUACAGUGUGUCAGUUUUUGACCUUAUGGGCUUUUUUUUUUAAUAAUUGAUGUUAUACUUUUGGUUGAAGAGAAGAAUAAGAACUAAAUUAUAUUAUAGGAGUUUAUUGGCGUUCUAUUCUGCUGUGAAGUGGAAAUUUCAGUUCAUUGCCGUAGGAAUUCAGAUUUUAGCCCAGAUGUAUCUUUUGUCAAAAGAGUAUCUUGCUCAAUAUAUGAUCUUGGGCAGUUCUAUGCAUCUCUCUGGGCCUUCUACUUAUUUCCAGAUUGUAGUGUUAGUGUAACUACAUGACCCUUUGAAACCAGCAGAAAUUCUGUGCUUCAGAUCCUCAGCCUCCCUGCCAUUCAGCCUGCAUAACCACGUGUGCCACUGAAGUUACUUCAUAGCUUAGAGAAGGAGGAGGUACUGACACUUGGAAGCAUGGUUUCUAGCACAUGGUCUUAACAAUAUACUUCCUGCAGAGCAAUCUGAGGAUCCCUUAUUUCCAUUAGCAAACUCCUCAGCCUUUGGUUUCUAUUUGAGUGACCCCCCCGGAACAUCUUCACUCUAAGUAGAAACACUUUCACUUGAUAGUACUUUCACUUUCAGUGGUGCUGAUUUGGGGGAAGAAUUUAAAUACUUACGGCUUUGAAGCAUAUACUGUUUUUGUAUAUUGCCUCCAACUGAAGGAAAGAGCAUCGGACGGUAUGGAAUUUAACCGUUCUUGACGUUCUCGUAGGCAGAAUAGCACGGGCUCCCUUGGUCUUACUGACGUGAACAUGGUGAUGGAGCAGCGUUCUACGCUUGCCGUCCUUUAGCUGUUUCAUUUACUAAGUAGGCAGACUGCCUGAGUUUAGAGAACUGUGUAAGCUGGUGGUUUCCAUCUUUGAUGCUAUCUGAGUCGUCUUCUAAAAUUCUAAAUAAGGUGCAAAGUUAGUGGCAUUUUUUUUACAUCACAACUGUUUGGCCUAGAAAAAUGUCUUAAUAUACUCUAUGAAUGCAAGUUAUUAAUAUACAUCAACAUUAGCCAUUUAAGAAAGGUUGGUUUUUUUCUAAUCAACUUUUUUUCUUGUCUGUUGGUCAGUUGCAUAUGUCCAUUCUUUUAUAUAGUUGUAUAAAAUGAUUCUAAGAAUAAAAUAAAUUUUUUGUUAGUUUUCUUGUUUGCACUUUAGGAAAUUAGAUAUCCUGCUGGCAUUUGAAAAAAUUCUUUUCUAAAUCUAUGCUGUUUCAUGGAAUCUGAUAAAAAGGCUUAUAUCAAGUAUUGAAAUAGAUAAGCAUGUUUAUGGGGGGGAAACAAAAUUUCCAGUUAUCACUGGUUGUGUUAUAGUCUCCCUUUGUAAGCAAGAACAGUCACUGCCUUUUUAGAAUCGUUUUUGCUGUCUCAUGUUAAUUGUUUCAAGAAUAGUUCCAGAAAUGAAUACUGCUUGGGUUUUACCAAAGCAAACAAACAAGCAAACCAAACAGCUAAAGUUCUUUAUCUUAAUGUCAUAGUAAAAGUCAAUUUUGUGUUUAUACAGUUAGGUUUUUUUCUUUUUAAAAGAUUACUUAGAUUAUAAUUGGUGUUAGUGAAAUGUUUUGAUACCAAAAUUUAGUAUCAGUGUAAUUUUAUUUCAUUCAUAUGAUUGCCAAAUAUUAGUUUUCUUGAAGGGGGAGCAGGCAGGCCAAUGGAUUCCCUUCAGGUUAAGUUAAAUAUGUAUUUGAAAUAAGAAGACUUCUAGUAUCUGGAAUGGAAUUUUAUUAGGCUGCAAAUUAAAUUAUUGUGCUUUUGCUUAGCCCCUUUAAACUAAGGAGUAUUUCUUCUCUGCAUGCCUUUCAUGAAUUUGAAAAUGAGUAAUUUCCUUCAGGUUUUUAGCCUGAUAGGAGCAAAAUUCUGUUUUUAUUUCAAUUCUCACCCGGCGUUUCUAUGUAGUUAACUAUGCUGAUUUUUCUAUUUGAAA